AUGAGUAUGAGAAAAACACGAACGACGUUCUCUGUGCCAAGAAAGACACAAGUAGUUGAUAUCGACGAUAGUCACAAGGUUCGAGUUAUUGUAAAAAAUGGGGAGAAGUGGAUUGGCUUGACAUUUUCACCGGCAGGCACAACACAAAUGAUAAUUGAAUCUAUCAAGGCUCAACAUCUAGUCCCCGAGAAUGAAGCUUUUACGUUUUGUUUGUUUAACCUUCCGUUCUACUUUAAUCCGGAAGAUCCAGUUGCUGGAGGACAAAUCUGGAAAUUUUGUCUUGCGUAUGGGUACCGAAUUGUGACUACCAUUCUCCCAACCAAAUCUACUGAGAAGUUUCUCCAUGUGUCCAAGUUCCUCGAGUUUUUAGAAUCUACUAAGAUUAAUUUCUUUAUAAUAGGAAAAGAAUACACAGCUAUGUUAGCAACAAUGCCUGAUGAAAGUAGGGACUUUCGUGCGUCUCUUGCAAGAGUUAUUCAAGAAGAAGUUGAGUGGUCGGAAAAUCAUAGUGACAAAAGAACGAUUGAAGAGAAUGAAUAUGUCUAUGUUGAGUCUGAACCGCCUAUACCAAAUAAAAUGCAAAAAGUGAAGAUCAAUGGGAGGUAUGGCAAUGACUUGUCAAUGAAGACAAUUGCACAGUCAUUGUCAGACACAGUAUGUACUGUCAUUAAUUCAUUGUACACAAAACUUUUCACAAUGAAACCAACUCUCUUUGAUGAAGGGUCGACUGCCAAUGAUUUUGUCCUUAAAGUGCGAGGCUCAAAUGAAUUUUUGGUGCCCAAGAAGAAUGAUGGGAGUGAAUACACGUUGUGUGAUUUUGAUUACAUUCGGCGAUGUGUAGCACACAAUGAACCGAUUGACAUAGUCUUGUACAAACGUUCCAAGAUGUAUCAGUAUUUGUACGACCCCGAGAAAUUAAAGAUGUCAAAAUAUUUUCAUAUGUUUGUUGGCAACAAUUAUUGGGGGAAAACCGAGAAAAUUUCGUUGUUUUUGAGUCAGCGUGGGGCGAUGAUCAACUUUGGGAUUCAGAUCAUGGGGUGUGGGAAAUUGAAAAUGAAACCCAAUGAUCAGCGUUUUCUCUCUCGUAUCUAUUUUAUCGCGUCAUUACACUAUGGCACUCGUAUUUUAUCAAAACCUGAAUGUAGUGAAGUGAUAGAAGUGAUCGAUGGGUUUGUUCAAAUUAGUACCCCCAUCACUAUAUUAUUUGACAUGUUAUUAUCAACAUUACCUAAAGAAACGCGUCUUAUUAUUUCAGUGUAUUACACUGAAGCACAACUUGGAAGUAAAGGUGGUGAAAAUAGAGAACACGACAUCUGUUUAAGUACUGUGAAUUGCAAAUUAGUCGAUUACAAUGGGUACUUCAUGAAAGGGACAUUCAAUGUUGGGAUGUGGGAAAAUAUCAACCCUAAUCCAUAUGCAAUGUGCUGCGAGAAUAGUACUGGUCGGUGCAAGUUGAUCUAUCGAAUGAUUGAAUUUGAUAAGCCCGUGAAGAUGGACACAUUUAUAGCUACCAAAGAGGAGCUCCGACGCACUCUCCAACAAACAAAUAAAUUACUUCCAGAACAUAAAGACAUGUACAAAGCAGCCGUAGAGGCAGACCCCCUUGUUUCUUUGACUGAGGAAGAAAUUCGACUCCUUUGGAUUUAUAGAGGACUUGUAAUGAAUACAAAGCCUCGCGCUUUAGCAAGACUAGUGUCUGCUGUAGACUUUACAAAGCAAGACGAAGUCAUUGAACUGCAUAGACUCCUUGAAAGAUGGCCUUUAUUAGAACCAACACCUGCACUCGAACUCUUAGACUUUAGAUUUCCUGAUGAAAAGGUACGACUCUUUGCUUUGAAGUGUAUAGACGCAAUGAAAGACCAUGAGCUUGUCGACUUUCUCCCACAACUUGUCCAAGCAUUGAAAUUUGAAAUUCAUCACCAGAGCUUCUUGGCCUUCUUCUUGUUGAGGCGUGCUCUCAGAAACAAAAACAUAAUCGGGCACCAAUUCUUUUGGUUCUUAAAAGCAGAGAUGCAUGAUAAUAGAGUGGCUGAACGCUACGGAGUCUUGUUAGAGUCGUUUUUGAAUGGGAUUGAGGGGUACAAAACUGAACUGUACAACGAAGUGAAUUUCCAAAACGAGUUGGUUGUCAUCGCUAACGAAGUCAAAAACAUCGCCGACCGCGAGGAACAAAAGGAAUAUUUGCGCAAUGGACUUGUGAAGCUCAAAUAUCCCGAAGAGAUGUCGCUUCCUUUAGACUCUCGAUUCCGAGUCAAGAAGCCAGUGAAAAAUUGUGGGAAUGUAUUCUCGUCGAAGAAGAAGCCACUAAUGCUAGUUUUAGAAAACGUUGAUCCGAUUGGUAACAACAUUACGGUCAUUCAAAAAGUGGGAGACGACUUACGACAGGACGUAUUAACUCUUCAAAUGCUUCAACUGAUGAAUAACAUAUGGAAGUCGGCUGGACUUGAUUUGAGAAUGUUACCAUAUCGAUGUAUAGCUACUGGUGAUGAAACUGGCAUGCUUGAGUUGGUGCAAGACUCUGAAACAUAUGGGAAGAUCAUAGCAGAUAAUGAAGGUACCUUUAGAGUCUUUAAAGAGGAUCUACUAACAAAGUGGUUGAAAGAACAAUGCAGUCGCCCCGAGUCAAAAGUGACAUUCGACCAAGCAGUCGAAAACUUUGUGUAUUCAUGUGCUGGCUAUUGUGUUGCCACAUACAUCUUAGGCAUUGGUGAUCGACAUAGUGAUAAUGUGAUGAUUAGAAAAGAUGGCAAAUUUUUUCAUAUCGACUUCGGACACUUUUUGGGCAACUUCAAAUCGAAAUUCGGCGUGAAAAGAGAGCGCACACCAUUCAAAUUUACUGGACACUUUGCACAUGUGAUGGGAGGACGAGGAGCUCCAAACUUCAAAUUAUUCGAAGACCUCUGCUUAAGAGCGUUUGCGUGUAUAAGAAAACAAGGUUCACUUUUCAUAUACUUAUUCAGACUCAUGCUUGCGACUGGAAUACCUGAAUUACAAAGCGAGAAAGAUAUCGAGUACAUGAGAAACAUGUUCAUGUUUGACAAAAAAGAAGAUGAAGCAAGAGAGGAGUUCAGGCAGUUGAUUUACAAGUGUCUAGACGCCAAGUCGCAGACUUUCAAUGACUUGGUACAUGAUUAUAUGCACUAUAAAUAA